AUAUAAUGAUUUGUAUAACAACGUUAAGAUGGCGUUGAUUGAACUAAGAUAAAAUUAUAAGAUAAUCAUGUACAAUUGAGUCAACAAAUAAAGGACUAAAAUCAAAAAUAAAAUAUCGCUAACAAAUUUAAUUAAAAUCAACUAAAAACAACGAACAAAAAAAAAACAAAAACCAAACCCAAAGAUCCAACAAAAAAGAAAAAACUAAAAAAAAUAUAAGAAAACAAUAAAUUUUUAUUCUAUACGAAUACUUAAAUUAAGCCACAUAAUAAAUCAACAUACAUAUAUACAAAAAUUUAUUCCAGUUAUAUAAUAUUAAAAGUAAUUGAUUUCAUUAUGAAUGCUCAUUAUCAAACUUAUUCAAAUUUAUCAUCACCUCAUUCACCAAGUCCAGAUGAUAAUGGAAGUUAUACAACAUUAUCUAGUCAUACAACAGGAAAUUCAAAUGGUACAAAUAAUGGAAUAGGUGGAAUUGGUGGAGGUGGUGGUAGUGUUGGAAGUAAUGGUAGUAGUAAUGGUGGUGGAGGUGGUAGUAAUAACAUUGGUAAUACUAGUAAUAAUAAUAAUAUUAUUAAUGGUAAUGGAAUUAAUACAAAUAAUAAUAAUAAUGGUUGUAAUAUUGGACUUGGUAAUAAUACAACAAACAGUAAUCAUAUGAAUGGACAUGGAAAUAAUAAUAAUAAUAAUAAUAAUGGUAUUAGUAUUAGCAGUGGUAGUGGUAUAAAUGGUAAUAAUAUUGGUAUUGGUAAUUGUAAUGGUAUCAAUAUGGUACAUCAUCAAAAUGGUAAUCAUGAACAACAGCAUAUGCAUAUGGAUAACGAUCAACCAGAUUUUCAUCAUUUAAAUAAUAAUAACAAUAAUAAUAACAGUAAUAAUCACAAUAGUUCAAUUAAGAGUUGUGCUGGUUGCGGAGGUAAAAUAUUAGAACGUUAUUUGCUACAUGCAUUAGAUAGAUAUUGGCAUAAUUCCUGUUUAAAAUGUUAUUGUUGUGGUGCAUUACUUGCUGAUAUUGGUUCUAGUUGCUAUACAAAAGCCGGCAUGAUACUAUGUAAAUCGGAUUAUACAAGAAUGUUUGCAACAGCACCAUGUUCAUCGUGCGGACAAAUAAUUGCAGCAAAUGAAUUUGUUAUGAGAACAACAAUACCAAUUUCAAAUAAUCAAAAUUCAAAUUUUCAUCAUCAACAACAAUUACAGCAACAACAUCAUCAAUCAAAUCAACAAAUGCCAAUAUUACCAGAAAAUCAAAAACCAUUUCUAGGACAAAUGGAACAUCAUGUAUUUCAUUUAAAAUGCUUUACAUGUUCAAAAUGUUCAUCACAACUAAGACCUGGUGAUAGAUAUUAUAUGCUUGCUGGUAGUCUAGUAUGUGAACCAGAUUGGCAUAAAUUACUUAAAAAUACAACACAAAGUCCACCAAUACGUAAGGGAAAAGUUGGUAGACCAAGGCGAACAAGAGACUGAGAUGCUGUUAUACGUCUUGGAAGACCACCAAAAAUUAAAAAAGAAUUAUUAGAAUUGGAUGCAAUUAAAAAUAAUAAAUUAAUAUCAUCAUCUUCAUCACAAUCUAUAACAUCGUUAUCAUCUUCAUCAAUAUCACAUUAUAAUCAUAAUAACAAUAAUAAUAAUAAUAUAAUAUGCAAUGAUCAUAAUAAUAUUAUUGAAACAUCAAAUUCACAA